CAGCUCUCCCCAGAAGGUUGGCUGAAGGAUGGGAGCGGCUGUGUCUGCCUCUGAGGUCACAGCUUGAAGUCCUUUUAACUUGCUUUCUGCUGCAGGGGAGAGGCGUAUUGUGAUAUUACAGCCAUUGAAUGUAUGUGAAUGGACAAUUUGCAAUAGAUACUAUCCUGCACCACCGCUAACAACACAGGAGGUGUUUCCUAUUAUCCAACUGCCAUAAAGCUGAAGCUCUUUUGAAAUUGGAGCCUAACAUUUAUUGCACACAAGAUGAAAAUGUGGUUGCUGGUCAGUCACCUUGUGAUGAUAUAUUUUACAACGUGUCUAGCAGAGUUCACCUGGCACAGACGGUAUUACGGUCAUGGAGUGUCUGAGGAAGACAAAGGAUUUGGACCAAUUUUUGAAGAGCAACCAAUUAAUACUGUUUACCCCGAGGAAUCACCGGAAGGAAAAGUUUCCCUCAGCUGUCGGGCCCGAGCCAGCCCUUUCCCGGUUUACAAAUGGAGGAUGAAUAAUGGGGAUAUUGAUCUGACAAGUGAUCGGUACAGCAUGGUGGGAGGAAAUCUUGUCAUCAAUAAUCCAGACAAGCAGAAAGAUGCUGGGAUAUACUACUGUUUAGCAUCGAAUAACUAUGGCAUGGUCAGAAGCAUUGAAGCAACCUUAAGCUUUGGCUACCUUGAUCCAUUUCCACCCGAGGAACGUCCUGAGGUGCGAGUCAAAGAAGGAAAAGGAAUGGUCCUUCUCUGUGACCCUCCGUACCAUUUUCCAGAUGAUCUUAGCUACCGCUGGCUUCUGAAUGAAUUCCCUGUAUUUAUCACAAUGGAUAAACGAAGAUUUGUGUCACAGACCAAUGGCAAUCUUUACAUCGCAAAUGUGGAGGCAUCUGACAAAGGCAAUUAUUCAUGCUUUGUAUCCAGUCCCUCAAUUACAAAGAGUGUGUUCAGCAAGUUUAUACCACUCAUUCCAUUACCUGAACGGACAACAAAGCCAUAUCCUGCUGAUAUUGUAGUUCAGUUCAAGGACAUCUAUACAUUGAUGGGCCAAAAUGUGACUUUAGAGUGCUUUGCUCUCGGAAACCCUGUUCCUGAUAUCCGGUGGAGGAAGGUCCUAGAACCAAUGCCAAGCACUGCUGAGCUCAGCACGUCUGGGGCCGUCCUCAAGAUCUUCAAUAUCCAGUUAGAAGAUGAAGGCACAUAUGAAUGCGAAGCUGAGAACAACAGAGGGAAGGACAAACAUCAGGCAAGAAUUUACGUCCAAGCCUAUCCUGAGUGGGUAGAACACAUCAAUGACACCGAGGUGGAUAUAGGCAGUGAUCUCUACUGGCCGUGCAUCGCCACAGGCAAGCCCAUCCCUACAAUCAGAUGGCUGAAAAAUGGAUAUGCGUAUCAUAAAGGAGAAUUACGACUGUAUGAUGUGACUUUCGAACAUGCUGGAAUGUACCAAUGCAUCGCUGAGAACACACAUGGAGCCAUCUAUGCAAAUGCUGAGCUGAAGAUCUUGGCUUUGGCUCCGACUUUCGAAAUGAACCCUAUGAAGAAGAAGCUCCUGGCCGCUAAGGGAGGCAGGGUUAUCAUCGAAUGCAAACCCAAAGCUGCGCCUAAGCCAACAUUUUCAUGGAGCAAAGGGACCGAGUGGCUUGUUAACAGCACCAAAGUACUCAUUUGGGAAGAUGGUAGCUUGGAAAUAAAUAACAUCACCAGGAAUGAUGGAGGCGUCUACACAUGCUUUGCAGAAAAUAAUCGCGGGAAAGCUAAUAGCACCGGCACUCUUGUUAUCACAAAUCCAACGAGAAUUAUAUUGGCGCCAAUCAAUGCUGAUAUCACGGUUGGAGAAAAUGCCACCAUGCAGUGUGCCGCUGCCGCUGACCCUGCCCUGGACCUCACCUUUGUUUGGUCCUUCAAUGGCUAUGUGAUUGAUUUUAACAGACAUAAUAUUCACUACCAGCGGAAUUUUAUGUUAGAUUCCAACGGGGAGCUGCUUAUUCGAAACGCCCAGUUGAAACAUGCCGGGAGAUACACAUGCACUGCUCAGACAAUUGUGGACAAUUCUUCGGCUUCUGCUGACCUUGUUGUGCGAGGUCCCCCAGGACCUCCAGGUGGUCUGAGAAUAGAGGACAUCAGAGCCACUUCCGUGGCCCUGACGUGGAGCCGGGGUUCAGAUAAUCAUAGCCCUAUCUCUAAGUACACUAUCCAGACCAAGACUCUUCUGUCAGAGGACUGGAAAGAUGCGAAGACCGAUCCUCCAAUUAUUGAAGGAAAUAUGGAGGCAGCAAAAGCGGUGGAUUUAAUCCCAUGGAUGGAGUAUGAGUUUCGUGUGGUAGCAACCAAUACCUUGGGCCUGGGAGAGCCCAGUAUACCAUCAAACAGAAUUAAAACAGAUGGUGCUGCACCUAAUGUCGCUCCAUCAGAUGUAGGAGGAGGAGGUGGAAGCAAUAGAGAACUUACCAUAACAUGGGCGCCUUUGUCAAGAGAAUAUCAUUACGGCAACAAUUUUGGUUACAUAGUGGCAUUUAAGCCAUUUGAUGGAGAAGAAUGGAAAAAAGUUACAGUUACGAAUCCCGACACUGGCAGAUAUGUCCACAAAGAUGAGACGAUGCGUCCAUCCACUGCAUUUCAGGUGAAAGUGAAGGCCUUCAACAAUAAAGGGGAUGGGCCAUACAGCCUCACGGCGGUCAUUAAUUCAGCACAAGACGCUCCCGAUGAAGCCCCCACAGCAGUGGGGGUCAAGGUCUUAUCAUCUUCGGAGAUGUCUGUUCAUUGGGAGCACGUUAUAGAAAAAGUGGUGGAAGGCUAUCAGAUUCGGUACUGGGCUGCUCAUGACAAAGAAGCAGCUGCACACAGAGUUCAAGUCAGCAGCCAAGAGUACUCCGCCCGGAUGGAGAACCUGGUGCCAGACACCCAGUACUUUGUGGAAGUCAGAGCCUGCAACAGUGCCGGUUGUGGCCCACCCAGUGACAUGAUUGAGACCUUCACCAAGAAAGCACCUCCUAGCCAGCCGCCGAGGAUCAUCAGUUCUGUAAGGUCUGGCUCACGAUACAUAAUCACUUGGGAUCACGUCGUUGCGCUAUCAAAUGAAUCAUCAGUGACAGGAUAUAAGGUACUCUACAGACCUGAUGGCCAACAUGAUGGCAAGCUGUAUUCAACUCACAAACACUCCAUAGAAGUCCCAAUCCCCAGGGAUGGAGAGUAUGUUGUAGAGGUUCGUGCACACAGCGAUGGAGGAGAUGGAGUGGUGUCUCAAGUCAAAAUUUCAGGUGCAUCCACUCUGACACAGAGUCUUCUGGGCUUCCUGCUGCCUGCCCUCGGCAUGCUGGUGUACCUGGAAUUCUGAAUGUGGUGUGAUGGCUGCUGUUCCCAACCCAGCUCAGUGAACACCCACCAUCCCUGUGAGGACGACGAUUCCUUCCAAUUCCUGCGGCUCCCUCCCAGCCAAAUAAAUUAUACGUCAACAAACUAUUCAGCGGAUUUACAACACAUGUUUUGACUGAGGCAUUCGGGAACACCUUCAUCCAAAAGAGUGGACUUCUCGUCAAAUGGAUAGAAAAUGAUUUUUAAUUCGUUCCAAUAUGCCUUAUAAACCACUUAACCUGAUUCUGUGACAGUUGCAUGAUGUAUUCCAAUGGGACAAGUGACAGUGUUCAAUUCAGUACUAUAGGCUGUAGAGUGAAAAUAAAAUCACCAUACACAGGUGCUUCCAAUUUAAUAACAAGUUGUGAAACAUAAUAGAGGUUGAAAUGUUGAUUGUAUGUGGUCGAUGUAAGAGUAAUUCAGUCUCGCGUUCUAUCCGGUCUGUUUGGGGUCCUGCAUAUUUUUGAAUGGCCCCUCUCAUUCAUGACAUUUUGAGUUGUCUUCAAACCAAACCAAACCAAAAUCUAAGAAAGAAUAUCACUAAGACAUCUUGAGGUAAAUCCCAAUACUAUAUCAUUUUACUGAGUGAGUUGGAAAAUUUUUAAUAUUGAGAGCCAAAUUCUAGGUUUAUUAUCAGUAUUCUUAUUUUCAAAGUAAACAAAUUUUUACUAUUUGAUUUUCAUAGAUAGUAAUGCAUUUUAAUUCUCUUAACAAGUCAUAAGGAAUUUUCUCCUUUACUUUGUAGUCUACUGUGAAGGUACUUUAUGUUUCUUAUCAUAACAUCGUAUUACUUAUUUUCAUUCAUCUGUAAAUGAAUUCUGAAAAGUAGAGUGCUUCCAUGAUCUUUAGUUAGAGAGCUGUGACUGUCUUUAUACAGUUAGGAAUAGAUGAAGUCGAGUAAAUAUCAGGAUGACUCACAGUUGACCAUUGAGCAACCUGGAUUUGAACUGCAUGGAUUCACUUGUACACUGACUUUUUCAAUAAAUAUAUUGAUUGGGUUUGUUUUUUUUCAAAUUUGAAAAGAGUUCAGAGACAAAUUGGCUAACCUAGAAAUAUCGGAGGGGGGGGGAACAAAGUUAGGUAUCUAAGGAGUGCAUAAAAUAUAUGUAGCUAUUGCUCUAUUUUAUUAUUGACCCCAUAAAAUAUACACAAACUAUUAUAAAAAGUUAAAUUUUAUCAAAACUCACACACAUAAACACUUGCAGACUGUCCAUGCCACCACUCACAAUCAAGAGAAAUAUAAACAAAUAUAAAGAUGCAGUAUUAAAUAAUUACUGUAUAAACCUAACUAGUGCAUACUGUAUCACUGUAAUAAUCGCGUUGCUAUUUUGGUGAGCUCAGGUGUUGCAAGUACCUGUUUAUAAUGGCUUGUGACACUCCUCCUCUCCACCUGGCAGUCUCCUGCUCUGUUCUAUUGUGUGUCGCAGUCACACAUGGUCUCUUGAGGUGCUUGCAUCGCUUAAUUGUGUUUAGUGCAUUACCGUAAACCCUGAAUAACACGCUGAGACCCACAAGGAGUGCCCCUGGAAUGAUGCACGUGCUCCCACGAUCCAGAGAAAGUCAGGACGUCAUAAGCAAAAGUUGAAUUGUGGGAUAUGGACCAUAGAUUGAGGUCUGCGGCUGCAAUUGCCUGCCGUUUCAAGAUAAAUGAGUCCUUUUGAUGGGCAUCGUGAGAGAAGAAAAGGAAAUCAGGGAGGCUGUUAUGUUUUAUGCCCGCGGGUGCAAAAGCCCUUGCACUUUUUGCAAAAUGCCUUUUAAAAAAAUCUUGUAUUGAAUUGCAGCCUUUGUGUGGGUACAAUGUAAUCCAUGGAAGUUCCAAAAUAUGUGUAAAUUACUUGUUCAUGUCACCAAUCAUGCUUCUGGUCAACAGCAAGCUAUUUAAGUUUUCCAGGAGUCAAAACUUUCAUGUGGAUUUUCAACUGCCCCAGAGGGUUGGUGACCCUAACCUUCUUGUUGUUCAAAGGUCAACUGUAAUAAUAUUUCAACAUCUUUGUUUUUGUGCUUCAUUCCUAAGCAAAAUGUUUUGUUUUUAAUUGAAGGGGUGGCAUCAAGAGAACAUCUGUAGGUAGAAAAGCUACAGUAUUCAUAUAUAUAUAUGAAUAUAUAUAUAUAUAAAGUUUGCUCUUAAACUCGGUUCCCUUUUCAAUGUAAUAUUGAAAACUGGCUAUAAAUACCAAAUCAAUAUGUUGCCAAUGGUACUUUAAAGAGUAUGCAAAACUAAAGGUGCGUGAAACUCAAAGGGCAGGGGAGUCAAGACGUCAGGAAGAUGCUGUCUCCCAAGUAUUUGUGCUUUGGGUUUUUAUAAAUUGUGACAAGGAAGACACACAUUGCUUCAUUCUCCAUGGUGUGCACGGAAACGCAUUUGAGUGUGGAUGUUGAAGAAAUUGAGUAAUAAAGGAUUAGCUGGCUUGUGAAAUAGUGCAAUGAUCCUUCAAGAGGUAUAUUCCUAUUUUAUUAGCACAACCUUGCUAGCUAAUUAGAGAUAGAGUUUAUCUUUUUAGAAAGGAUACCUUAUAGGUUCAUAAAAAAAGAGAGAAAUAUUUACAGGAAGCAAAAUAAAUCUAUUACUACUUUACCCCCUUUCUUUAAUUUGUAUAAUUUUGUAAUAUAUAUCUAUGUGUAAAUGUUUAAAGCUUUCAUUAUAAAAAUACCAGUAAAUAUUCCAUUAGUUUACAUUUAACUCUUUGUUAUAAAAUGAAGCUUUUUAAAAUAAAUUAAAUGAAUGAUUUUCCAGUGGAAUAUAUGUCAGCAGUCUUAUGAUCAUGAUCAGAGUUCAUAAGAUAUUUAACUAUUGGGAAAAAAGCAAAAGGUAUUCAUACUAGAUAUUCUGUAAGACUUCUGUACAAAUGUUUGUGUUUUCAUUGUUACACUUUGAGAUUCUUUUUUUCAAAUGUGACCCAUGUUGGGCAUUUUUAUAUAAUCAACAACAACUAAUUUCCCCUCAAAUGCAUGCUUGCCUUUUAUUUUCUAAUAUAUGGUAAUAAAGAGCAAAACUGGUUAGAUUUUUGCAUGAUAUGGUUCUGAAAGACAAAGUAGACUCAGGAGGUUGUUUAAUGUUAAAUUUGUGGCAAAGAUAAAGUAGAUUAAAGUCACUCAUAUACUGGUAACUUGAGCCUUUCAUUUCCUCCUACGAUUGUACAGAUGUGGGGACCAUCAGCUUUGACCUGCAGUCAAACCAACUACUGCGCCGCCUGCUUGAAGAUACAAAAUUCUUACUUAACUUUGGAUAGCUAUAGAGCCAUCUGUUUCUCUGUAUUUCAAGAACAGUGGUAGUAGUUUUAUUUAAUACUGAUGAAUAUUGAACUGGUUUUUUUAGUUAUUUUUUAUCUUUUUUUCAAUGGGGUAGUAUAGGACUGUGCUUUGUCCUUUUUAUGAAUGAAAACAAAUUAUAAUGAAAUAAAUGUAUUACUGUUACCCAAGGAAUAACAAUUGUUCUUUCAUUUUAUCUGAAUUUUAAGUUCAAUUUAGAAGGUUGACAGUAUAAGUUGAAUGUUGAAUAAAUAUGACUUGUUAAGUAACA